UGACCCAGGUCACGUGACGUCACCUAUGUUAAUGAGCAAUAUGGAGGACAGAAAUGUGUGAAAGUUUAAUACAAAAUAACUUAGAUGAAAUAUGCCAGAAAGAGGAAACGGGGACCUUCCCCUGCCCGAGGGAUGGGAAAAAGCGGUGGAUUAUGAUGGAAAAAGUUUUUACAUUGAUCAUAUCAAUAGAAGAACGACUUGGAUAGACCCUCGUGACAGGUUUACCAAGCCCCAGUCUUUUGCAGAUUGUGUUGGAGAUGAGCUGCCCUUGGGAUGGGAGGAAGCCUUCGAUCCUAACGUUGGAGUUUAUUAUAUUAAUCACAUCAAUCAACUCAACCAGUUAGAGGAUCCUCGAAUACAAUGGAGACAAGAACAAGAACACAUGUUGAAAGAAUAUUUGGUCACAGCUCAGGAAGAUUUGGAGGCCAAAAAAGAAAUUUAUUCAAUCAAAGAGCAGCGCCUGUUACUUGCUCAAGAUGAGUUUCAAUAUUUAAAUGAGACUUUAUCAGGAUGGAAAUCAUCACGGACCAGUUUAAACUCCAAUUCCAGUGUUGGCAGUACCAAAUAUGAUCCUGACCUGUUAAAACAGGAUGUGAACCUGGCGAAGAGCAGGGUGGCUCGGCUGAAACGGGAGUUGGAACAGAUUGGUGCAGAGAUGUCUUACAAAGAGAGAGGAGUUGAAACUUUGUCCAAUGUUGGACAAAAGUUACAGUGUAUUUCUGGUGGAUAUAGUUUAGAACAAGCGCAGAGGAUUUUAUCAGAAAUACAUCAGCUGAGGAAUCAAAUGUCUCAGGGAGAGAAGGAGAAAAAUGAACUCAUGCAGGCAUUGGCAAGACUGAAGGAAGAAAUGCUGAAAAGAGCCAGUGGGUCAUCCCCUGAUGUCUCCACUUUAUCUUUGGCCCAGGAGAUGCUGGACAUGGCUUCCCAGACUGACCUGAGAGGAGAAUUUGGUUUGAAUCAGAACAAACUUUUGGCAGAGAAGACAAGAAUGAGGCUGCAGUACGAUGAAGCACAUAAGACUUUGGCAGAUCUGAAGUUACGCUUGGCCAACAUUGAGGACAAAAUGUUACCUGGCCAGCCAGAAUCUGACAGAGACAGACUUCUCCUACUUCAAGAAAAAGAGCAGCUUUUGAGAGAGCUUCGCAGCAUUGACCCGAAAGGCCGUAGCGAGGAUGACAUGGCUUCAAUCCGUCAGCGCAUCACUAAACUUGAGUAUGACCUGAGACAUGCCCAGGUUAUUUCUAACAAACAAAUUCAGCAGAGAAUAAGUCUUCAUGAUGAGAAAGCUUCCAUUAUGCAUCAGAUAGAAGAAACAGCCAAACUGACCUCUUACCUGGAGUCACAGCUUAGGAGUCUGUCCCUCAGCACGCUGUCUGUGUCAUCUGGCUCAAGCCUUGGCUCUUUGGGCUCACUCUCUGCUGGCAGUAGGGGCUCGCUCAACUCCCUGUCUACCAUGGACAUUUACAGUGCUGCUCAGAAGUGUGGGUCAGCAGGAGAGGUCAACUUGCAGGAGCUCCAUCAGAGGGUGGAGAAAUUGUUGCAAGGUCACAGCAUGUCUCCAAUACAAGAAGCCCAUGCCCUUCUCCCCCAUGAUGAUGUGACGGAAGCAGCUACCUCCAGCUACAUGCAGUCUGUGUUGAUGGGCAGCCAAGAAAGAGUUGAUGCUGCUGGCUCUGCCCCCAAGCAGAGUUCACUUCUGUCUUUAGCGUCGUCUGCCUCCCAGGUCUCUCCCGUGUAUGGCUUUGGGCCACCCCCCUCCUACGAGCAGCACAUGAAUGCCUUAGAGCAGCGUCACGUCCCCCAGUCAGCGCUGAAUCCAUUAGCUCAGCAGCUAGGUAGUGGUAUAAACAUUAGUAACGGCACAUCGUCUGUUCAAGACAAUGUCCAGUGGCUAGUGAAUGGCAACAUCUCCAUGAGCUCAGAACAAUCAAAAUUGACUGACCUUUCUCCGCUGACCAGCAAUAGCAAUGAACUGUACAGCCAAAUGAACAGCGUCCCCAGUCAGUCUCGUGCAACUCCCAAUGUAGAGUCUGUGGCAGGUAACCCACCACUUAGUCCUAUAAGUGAGAGCAGCUCUGGCGUGGGACAUAAUCUGUCUGGCGGCAACACAAGAAGUGUUAGUGCCGCUGUCAGUGAUGAAUCGGUGGCUGGAGAUAGUGGAGUCUUUGAGGCUUCUGUCAAGAGAACUGGUUCUAUUGAUCAAGUCUUAGAGAGUCACAUGGAAAGUGCACAGAUUCAGAUCAAACUCAAAUAUGAAGGUGUGGAUGGUCAGUUAAUAGUUGGUAUAGAACAAGCUAGAAAUUUAGCAGUCUUGCCUUUUCCUAAAGACAGUUGUGUAUGUAUCAAAGCUGCCUUGUUACCAAGUCAGAAUGUUUUCCUCAAAACAAAACCAUUGUGUGAUGUCAAGUCUCCCAAGUUCUCUGAAGUGUUUCGAGUCAGUAUCCCAGAACACAGUCUGUAUUCUAAGACUCUUCAAGUCCAUGUCUGGAGCAUAGGUCAAGAGAAGAAAGAGGAAUGUUUGGGCUGUGCUCAAGUAAGUCUGGCAGACUUUGAUCCCAAGUCUGUCUCUCUUCGCUGGUACAAUGUGCUUAGCUUCCGUUUCAUGCAGUCUGACCAGAAAGGUCAGGGGUCAUUGCAGUCACAGACAUCAGUGAGCAACGUGACGGAAGAUACCAAGAAAUCAAAGGAGAAACCUGGCCAAGACAGAGUUGAUCAAUUAUUAGAGGCAUCAUCAGCAAGACUGAGGCAAGUCCUGUCAGUCAGUGAUGACCAGUCAUCUGGCACAGACUCUGUAUCAGGGAGGAGAGACUCCAGCAAGUCAACAACUCAGCCUGCGGUGUGUGGCAAGGAAGAGAGUAGUGACGAGUCAACCAUUAUAUCGUCCCAGACUUCCACUCUGACCAGAAACCAAGGUCCUGAGGACAUGAAAAAUCACAGGUUCGAUAGUCCUCACAUGUACGAUGGACUCGAGGAUGAGGAAGAGGAUGAAGAAGAGGAUGAUGAAGAGAUUGACGAUAAGGAUGAAGAUUACGCUGAGAUGAUUCAGAAAGUCCUCACUGAGCUGGCUGACUCUGUGGACAACUUUGAGGAUGAGGAGCUGACCGAGGAAGGUCUGCUCAAUUCUAAGUGCGAUAAAGAAACCAACACGGAGCUAGGAGACUACAGGCUGCGGGAGCACAAGCACAGAGGCACACACCAUCACCAUCAUUACCAGCACAGACAGGCCAACACCUUACGAAGCAGUACCAUCAGGCGUUCGCAAACAUUUUCCCCGGCUUGUCGGCAACCACCUCCUGGCUAUGUUUGUAAGUUGAAUCGGAGUGACAGUGACAGUUCCAUGCCACUCUACAAAAGAAUGCCAUUUCAGAGGAACUCUGUCAGCAGACGCAGUCUGAGAUGGAAGAGGGCUGAUGGUUCAAUAGCUAUGAUGCCACUCUCAAGUCAGCUACCAUUCCGAACAUCCCUUGACCUUGAACUUGAUCUUCAAGCCUUCCAUACAAAGUUGUCUCAUUUGAAUGAUGAGAUCACAAGGUUGAAAGAACUGAAACGAACCUUGGAGGAAACCAAAAGUAAAGGUGAAGGAGACUUGCCAGAUUGGCUGUCAGAAAAUGAAAAAUUUCAUCGGCUCCUGGCGAUGGCAGAAAAAAUGGUGUUUCCUGAGGGUGCUAAAAAGGAAUACAUCUCAAGGCAAGACAAGAGAGCUGAACAGCUCAUCAGGAAAGUGACAAAAGAUGUUCAGCGUAUGAGGCAGGGCACUCAACAGUCUAGGACAUUUAACUUUAGAGAGAAGAUGGCUUUCUUUACUAGCUCCAGCAUGGAUGUACCAGUCAUACCAUCUGAAGCUAUAAAAUCAUCUUCCAGACACUUGACAGCAUCACAACCCAGUGGAGUUUAUCCAGCUCAGAGCAAACAUCUUCACAACUACUUGGCCUCUGAAGCCUUGCCCUCUUACCCUGGCACUGCUUCUGCUCCAGUCUUAGGGCAGAAUGUCACAGAGAAUGUGGAGAGCCUCUCCAAUGAUAUGGUCAGAAGAUCACAAAUCAAUGGUGACCAACUGUCACCCUUACUUUCAUAUUCAGCAUACGCAAAUGGGGCCUCAAAUGCAGCCUCUCAAAAGAGUCAGCUGUCUGUAGAGAUGCUGACCAACAGCACUGCAAGAUCACAAUCUCCGUCGGUGAACAAAUCUAAAAGUAUCAAUCAAACAAUGGGAGCGUUUUUCCUGGAUACACGCCUUGGAGAGGAAGUAUGACACGCCAGAAAGUCUCUGGAUCGUUUGUUUGACCUCGGCACAUCUUGUUUAGGUGGGUCUACAGCCGCUGCUGCUUUGUUGUGCUGGUGCCGUCCAGCCAAGAGGGCACUUAUGUCUCCUGCAUCAUUUAUAGUCAGUAUGAUCGGGAAUCGUGAACCCAAUCUGUGGACAAUGUGAUGACUUUGUUUAUCCAGUCGUUGGACUGCGUGAUGUUUGUUUAACCCCAGUCAACAGAAUACCGAGAGCAGUGAGAAGUUAGCUCAGAGCUUAACAGACAAGUCGGAGGAAGAGUUGCUUAGAAAAGGGGGGAGUGGACUUUACCUUAUAUCCCCCUCCCUUUGCCUCUAAUAUUGAUGUGUUGUUGUUUUUUUUUGUUGGCAUGUGAUCUGAAAUAUCAGUCAAUCAUAGCAGUCUGCGUUGGUCACUCUUAGUGGUGUGCUGGUCACUCAUAGUGUGUUGGUCACUCAUUGCUGUGCUGGUCACUCAUUGUGUUGGUCAAUUCUAGUGU